AUGAGUUCCUCGACGCCUUCCGGCAGUCUGGAAUUGCAUUCCUUCAACGUCUCCAAAGACGAAAUCAAACCGGCUGCGCUUCACAAGGAAGACGUUUAUGAGGACCCAGGCCAACCCAAAUACGAUUUGGAGCUCGAAGGACCCCGCACCCACGCUCUACUAGAAGACAGACUCGCUCUAGACCAAGAAAUCGAACAGCUCGACCAGCUCGGCGACUCCUUCAAGCGCGAACGCUCCAUAUGGCAAACAAUAGGCACUCUGGAUAUGGGCGUCGACUUCAAAGACAAAAAAUACAUGGUGUACAUGCUGGGUGCGUUUGCGUCCGCCGCCGGAAUCUUGUCAGGAAUCGACCAGUCCAUCAUUUCGGGCGCCUCGUUCGGCAUGAACGAUAUGCUCAAACUUACGGAACACCAGUCCUCGUUGAUCUCAAGUCUGAUGCCUCUCGGCGCCAUGGCAGGCUCCAUCCUGAUGUCCCCCCUUAACGAAUGGUUCGGCCGUAAAUCCUCCAUCAUCAUCUCCUGUGUCUGGUACACAGUGGGCGCCAUUCUGUGCGCAGCAGCCACCAACCACCACAUCAUGUACGCAGGUCGUUUCAUUCUCGGUGUCGGUGUCGGUAUCGAAGGUGGUUGCGUUGGUAUUUACAUUUCCGAAUCCGUUCCUGCAAACGUUCGUGGUAACCUGGUGUCCAUGUAUCAAUUCAACAUUGCUCUCGGGGAACUUUUCGGAUAUAUCAUUGGUGUCAUUUUCUUCGAUGUCCAUGGCGGCUGGCGUUUCAUGGUCGGGUCGUCUUUGGUUUUCUCCACCGCUCUGUUCAUUGGUUUGUUCUUCUUGCCCGAAUCUCCACGUUGGCUACUUCACAAAGGUCGUGUUGGCGAAGCCUGGAAUGUUUGGAAACGUCUCAGAGAUGCAUCCGAUGACUCCAACAAAGUGGAAUUUCUCGAAUCCCGUCAAGCUGCGCAACAAGACGAAGAGCUUCGCAAGGGUGAAUCUCGUUUCCAAAACUGGUUCGAUUUGGUUCGCAUUCCUCGUAACAGACGUGCUCUAGUUUACGCCAUAAUGAUGGUCUCCCUGGGUCAAUUGACAGGUAUCAAUGCGGUCAUGUACUACAUGUCUACUUUGAUGCACGAAAUCGGGUUCAGCCACAAGAGAUCGGUUGCUAUGUCUAUGGUUGGUGGUGCUGCUUUGCUGAUUGGUACCAUCCCAGCUAUCCUGUGGAUGGAUCGUUUCGGAAGACGUGUGUGGUCGAUGAACCUGGUUCUAUUUGCCGUUGGCCUGGUACUAGUCGGUGUUGGAUAUAAAAUUAACCGUGAAACGAAUUUGCAAGCUGCUGAGGGUGUUUACUUGACCGGACAGAUUCUUUACAACAUGGCAUUUGGUUCUUAUUCUGCUUUGACAUGGGUUUUGCCAUCGGAAUCGUUCUCUUUGGCUACCAGAUCUGUCGGUAUGACCGUGUGCUCCACUAUGCUGUACCUCUGGAGUUUCACCGUCACUUACAACUUUGAGCGUAUGCAACACGUUAUGACAUACACCGGUUUGACUUUAGGUUUCUAUGGAGGUAUUGCCAUUGUCAUUGGUAUUCCAUACCAAUUGUUAUGCAUGCCAGAAACCAAAAACAAGACUUUGGAAGAAAUCGACGAUAUCUUCUCGAUGCCUACAAGAUCUCUAAUGAAGGAGAACGUCGUUAAUAUGAAGAGAACUUUUAGAAGAUUGACUUCUAGAUCUUGA